CGCGCCCCCACCAUCGACCCUUUUACAUCCAUGACCAAAACUUCAGAUAUCCUCAUUCUUGGUGCAACCGGCCUUACGGGACGACAAGUAACCAAAUUUCUUGCUGCCCACGUUGACCGAACCUCGAGAAAUUUCACACUCGCUAUAGCAGCUCGUUCAAAACAGAAAUUACAAGCUCUCGUUUCCGACUUGUCCUUGUCUCAAGAUAUCAAUCUCGUUUCUUUGGAUGUUACGAAUGAAGUAGCGGUUAACGGAGCUAUGCAGCAGACAAGAAUAGUAAUCAACACUGUUGGGCCAUACAGCAAGUAUGGCGAGCCAGUCGUCAAAGCAUGCGCACAAAAUGGCGUUCAUUACGUGGAUCUUACUGGAGAAACACUCUGGAUAGCUCAUAUAAUUCGCAAUUAUGACUAUCUGGCAACUAAAACGCACUCUAUAAUUGUUCCCUCUUGUGGAUUCGAUUCUAUUCCAUCGGACCUUUCCGUGUACAUUGCCAAUAAGGCUUUGAAAGAGGUCGAUCCAUCCCUGGACAUCGCGUCUUCUACGACCGUUUUCGACAAAAUUGAAGGCAUCAUCUCUGCCGGAACCCUCGACAGUGCCAUGGCCAUGCGCACGCUACCAGCGCAUGAACGAAAUGCCUCCUUGCGUGACUAUCUUCUCAGUCCCGUACAAGGACCUCCAUCUCCACAAGCACACUUACUGUAUAAUAUCCAGGUUCCUGGCACAUCGAGAUACAUUAAAGGAAGUUUCUGGUUCAUGUCGGGGUCCAAUAGAUCCAUCGUUCAACGGUCUUGGGGUCUUCUCGAACAAGAACUCCUGCAGAAAAACACCUCGACGACAACACAUCGGUAUGGACCUUCAAUGGUCUAUGAGGAGUUUUUGAAAGCACGUGGCGCAAUAAGUGCUAGUAUCAUCUCUACUACUAUAGCUCUCGUCUGGGGGUUACUAGGUUUUUCUCCUUUCCGUUGGCUUAUUAGGAAACUUCUUGCAAGUAACGUGAGCACUGCUUCUGAUGAACGAUUAGAAAAGGGCUCGUUCAGGACCAUCAAUAUCACAACCUCAACUACCUCUGUUAACCAUCCGAACCCUGUAAAAGUUACGACGACGCUUAUCGGAAAAGGGGAUCCUGGAUAUCUUCUUUCACCUAUCUGGAUGGCAGAAUGUGCUCUUGCUCUCCUCGAUCCCGAAUCUCUCCCCGAGCGUGCAAGACGGGGUGGUAUCUUGACUCCGGCAACAGCCUUCGGAGAUGUUCUCGUGAAGCGAAUAGAGGACAACGGCAGAUUCAUCGUGAAACGGGAGGUACAUGAUGAGUCGAAGAAGACUGUUUGAGUUGUUUGUUUUUUUUGCGAUCCCAUCUUGGACUGUAACAACCUGAUUGUCUUCAGUCAAUCGUG